GAAAAACAGAGAGAGGGGAAGUUCACAGUGCAAAUACAUAGAGAGCCAGUCAACCACUCAACCUCACAUUCAGAUGAGAGAUAGAGAGAGAGAGAGACGUGCGGACGGAACUGAGCAGCAAAUGAACAUCGCACUGGCUCUGUUAGCACAGUUAUUUAGUUAUCAGGACCAGUUCAAUUCAAAUACAGAGAGUUUUUAUGUGUGUAUGUUCGGAACUGGACUGGAAUCGGGAUUUAAUAUUGGAUAUGAUGCUCAACUGACAUAAACAUGGAUUGGACUUCAUGGAUUACUUUUUUGGUUGUGUUAAUAAACACUCCAGCUUACAUAAGAGGUGAGCCACUGGAAUUAAAUGUGACUAUAGACAUAUGGGAGGGAAAUGUAACUGUGCUCUGGGAUCCCCCUAAAGGUGCCCCUGUGAAUGCCCUUUAUCAAGUAAAGACAGCACUAUACUCGCGUCGUAAUGCUGAAUGGGACAUUGUGCCAGAGUGUAACAUGACUACAGAAAAUAGAUGUGAUCUUGGGAACUUUAUAUACAAACCGGAAACAAAAAUAAAGAUUGGACUGUUUAAAGGAAAUUGCACCGUUUCAUGGUCAUCAGCAAAACGAAUUCGUUUAAUUAAUAGCAAACUGUUGGCUCCAGAGUUUGACUUGUCUUUCUCUCCUAAUACGGUGAAGGUUAAGAUUUACAGAAAGCCGUUUCUCAAUGAUAUUUUUAAAUAUGGAUCAAUGUACUCUGCCAUGCUGUACCCAAAAGGAAAGGAGAGUCAGGCUUUAAAAAAAAAUGAUGAGGAUGAAGAUGGAGAGGUGGAGUUCACAUCAAUACCGUUAUGGAAGGAGUAUUGUGUCCAUGUGAAAGUGGAGAUGGAAUCUAAUGACGUGAGCAACACCUCAUUACCACGCUGCAUACAUCAAUCAGAAGAUGUAUCCCUGGUGAUCUCCAUGUCCUUUGUUGGUGUAGUAGGAGUCAUGUCUUUCUUCAUGUUCGCAGUCUGUUUCUUCCUGAGGCGUCCUGGUAAAAUGCCCGCUGUUUUGAAAUCUGCUGUGAAUGGAUGGAACCCUAUGAAUGUCGGAUUGAUCCAAGUGGAAACAGUCACUGACAAGGGAUGGCUCCUGACUAGCAACAAAAAGGUGGAAAAAAGUAAAGAAUUUGAUGAGAACAAGGACCUUUUGGAGGAAGACAAAGAGAGAAGAGAGAGUACAGACAGUGGAGUGAGUGUCGGCCAGCAGAAUUCGAUUAAGAACGAAGGACUAGACGGACUUACGGAGCAGGAAGAUAGCGGCUGUGGCAGUCUGACAGGCACAGAGGACAGUCUCAGCAGUGGAAGAAGAAGCCUGGAAGAGCUCCCUUUUCUAGAUGGUGAAGUAAACAGCAGCAAUGAAAGUGAAAGAAAAGAUGACAGUGGCUUGGGAAUAGGAGACCAGGAUGCUUCCGACAAUCUCACGGGAACGGACGUUGACCUCUCUGAGAUAGUAGUACUUGGGGAUGGAUAUCGUAGUCAGAGUCCUUCAGCUGAUGCUCAAAGCGAGGCCACCAUCCCAUGUGAUAUAGACGCCAACAUGGCCAGCCCUAGCGGUGGCUAUCGGUCUGGUCAUGUGACAUGCUUGUGUUCUGAUGUUGAGACUUGCAUGUGGUGCAAAACCAGGAAGCUCCUAACAGACAGUGAUUCAUUGUCUCAUGAGCAAACCAGCUGUACUUUCAAAGCCAAUAAUGACAAUGACAGACUGAACUAUUUGAAAAAAUCUCCUUUAGAUUCUGUGAAUGUAUCAGGAUUGGAAGAGUCAUCCUUCCAGUCAGAAGAGGACUGUGGCGAGUCGUCGCUUUUUAUCACCUGUCCACUAAUGCUACAAGAACCUUGUGAACUGGACAUUUUGCCUCUUAAAUUAGGAGACGUAGAACUGACAUUCACGUGAGAUGUGAGACAUUUUCAUAAUUGCGAAGCCACUGGACAAAGCAUAUCUGCUUCUCCUCAUGCUGUUUGUCCAGCUGGCAUUUAUUCCUCAUUUAGAUGCUGGGCUGUCAGAAGUGGGGCUGCCCCUCUGUGACUUCCUGCAUGCAUCAGGUCAUAAUUUUUCCCAUAUGCUGACUAUAGAGGAGACAUCCAAGUUUCUACUUGAGUGACCAAGAGUGAUAUACUAUCAGAAUAUGAUGAUGAUGAUGCUGAGUCUAAUCUCAUGUAUCUGCCCCACCACUGAUACAGUUUUAUACAGACUCAAUUAUGUUACACUCUCUAAAAAACAACAAAAAAACAUGGUUCUUCUGAAAGUUUAUUUGUAAACUUCCAUGACAUUACUGCAAAAAAAAAAAAAAAAACACAUUUUAGAACCUUUAUAUUUAGGAGUGUAGUGUGGAGAACAUUUUAAAUAUCAGAAAGAAAAAAAAAAUGUUUUACUAUAAAGAACCUUUUACUCAAUGUAAAGGUUUUGUAGAAGGUGCUUCAUAGAACCAUCAAUGACAAUUAAGUCAUUUUUUGCACAUGCAUUGUACAUAUUUACAUUAUAUGUAUGCACUUACAUUUUCUAAAUGCUGAAUAUUGAAAAAAAAGUGUUAAUAAAAAUAUCAUUUUUUUUUUCAUUA